GUGGCAGUUCUCUCUGUGGUCUUGCAGAGAUGAGCAGGUGCAGCUCUCUCCUUAAAUGGAAAUCAGCCACGUCAUGUGACGUGCACGACAGCCAACAACACAGCAUCACCAGGAAAAUGGAGGCAGGUCAGGAGUAGAGAGGAAAAAAGCAGAGAGGCUGUUUUAGCAUCUUUAGGCAAGGUUUUCUGAGAUGUGGUUCUUAACACAAUACAUGUGAUAGGGACAAGAUUAUCUUUGAGGGGUAUAGUGUUAGAAUUUGCAGAGACACAGGACAAUCAGUCUUUAUCUGAUCCAUUCCUCCUUCUGUUUUUCUGAAGACCACUUCCAGAGGACGGUGAAAUGGAGUCAUCCUGUGGCCUUACUGAUGACAGAACUUCUCCACCAAACUCCCUUCACCUGGGUGGGGCAGGGGGGUCAGGAUCUCACCGAAAGCGCCGCACCUUAGUGGCUCCAGACAUGAACCUUUCUCUGGACCAGAGUGAGGGAUCGCUGCUGUCUGACGACUACCUGGAUACGCCCGAUGACCUCGAUAUCAACGUGGAUGAUAUUGAGACACCGGAUGAGACAGACUCUCUUGAGUUUGUCCCGAAUGGCAAUGACCUUGAGUGGGAGGAUGACACACCUGUUGCAAAAACCUCAGCAGACGGAGCGGGACCUGAAGUGGAAGAUGAUGAUGGCGCAGGUGGGAAUGGACGACUGUGGAGGACGGUGAUCAUUGGGGAGCAGGAGCACCGCAUUGACAUGCAAGUCAUUCGGCCGUACCUGCGUGUCGUAUCUCAUGGAGGUUACUAUGGUGAAGGAUUGAAUGCCAUCAUUGUGUUCACUGCGUGCUACCUCCCUGACAGUAGCUGUACAGAGUAUCACUACAUCAUGGAGAACCUCUUUCUGUAUGUGGUGAGCAGUCUAGAAAUGCUGGUUGCGGAGGACUAUUUGAUUAUCUACAUGAAUGGAGGCACACCACGGAGUAAGAUGCCAGGCAUAGGAUGGCUAAAGAAGUGUUAUCAAAUGAUUGACAGAAGGCUAAGGAAGAACCUGAAGUCUCUCAUCAUUGCUCACCCUUCCUGGUUCAUUCGCACAGUGGUGGCCAUUUCUAGACCUUUCAUCAGCGUGAAGUUCAUGAACAAGAUUCGCUACGUGCACAGCCUAGAAGAAUUGGAGCAGAUCGUUCCCAUGGAGCAUGUGCAAAUCCCCGAGUGUGUCAUUCAGUUUGAAGAAGAAAGGAUGAAAGCACGGAAAGAAAGAUUGGAACAGGAGCAAAGGGAACAACAGCUACAGCAACAGCAAAAGUCAGACUCAGCUAUAUCACACUCAGAGAGGCCUAAAGCUAUAUUGCAGGACCAAGGAUUGUGAGGGUGAUUAGAGCUCAAACUACCAUUAGAUGGAACACAUUUUCAAAAUGCUAUCCCACACCAUCAUACAUCCGAGUUCUACCACAGGACGUGCCUCUGUUCUGCCAGGGUUUGCUGAAUAGGAGCAUUCAUCUGAAGAUCCAUGUGUGCCAGAUUGGAGCAUUGCUUUUAGCAGUUAUUCUCCAAGCUUUCAUUUGCCUUGUCAUUAGUGAAAUGUUAUUUUUAUAUAUUUUCUUAAUGUGUAAAUUGAUAAUGCCAAGUUUCUUCUUUUGUUAUUUUCAUUUGUAUUUCAUUAUCAUAUGCAUGUUGACCUCAUUGCUGUUUGUCAUUUGAAGGCACAUGCAUAGAUAAACCUGAACAAAUUGUUUAUUUUUCUUGUGUUUAUUGAAUGGCAUUAGUAGGACCUUACUUUAUAGCUGCAUUGUUAAAUAUGUAUUAUUGAAUGUAUGGAUUAAUUUGCACAUCUUAAGUGCAUCUUAAAUGAGUCAUUUUAUUACCUGCUUGUUUCCAUUUGCAUCAUAGUAACUUUGGCAUGGAUUUUGAUGUUCUUACAUAUCCUUAAGAAGUCACGUUUUCCAAAUGUAUUCCAAAUGUAACAAAAUAAAGCUAAUGUCACCAGCUGCGGAAUACAACCGUAAACAAGCAAUGUUAAAAAGCACUGUCUGACAAAAGAAAAUUAAACAGCAAUGCCCAAUCUUCUGGAUAUAAGGCCCCUCUUGGACUUGAGAAUUUAUAGAAAAUGCUGGUGCCUCUGUAAAAGCUGGACUACUGAACUCUUAAUUUGAAGUACAAGUAUUGUAAACAGGAAAGAUAUACCUUAGUUUUGGAUUUGUGAUAUGGUACAAAAAAUAAAUAUUACCCAGUAAUUUCUUACUGCUUCUCACAUAUGCUGAAUAUGACCAUUUUGGUAUGAUUAAAGCAAGACUCCUCUUUUAA